UUUUUAGCAUUCCCAGCCUCAUAUGACCGUCAUAAAAAACUGUGUCGUCUGCUACCUCUGCCAACCAGCAAACUGGUAGUUUUAGGAUUUUAGCAUUGAUUUUUUGGGGACAUCAUCGAAAAAGCAAUGAAUUCUUUUAUGAUGCUGUCUUCGGCAGCGUUUGGACUGCCGGUCGUGCUCGCAAAAGCUGAUGAAGAAAAUUCGGAUGGAAUAAAUAAUAGUGCAAAAAAAGUGAAAGCCUCAUCAAUUCCCCUUUAUCCUGAACCUGUUAGUUGGGAAUAUACACCAAAACCACCUAAUAAAUUGGAGGAACUUGUUAAAACAACACGGAUUCAAGUCACCAAUAUCAAAGCUGAAUACCAACCUAUUAUAGACAACAUCAUUCAUGUUGUUGAUACUGGAAAAGCUCACACAAGCCAAGCUGUUUGGCGUGUGAGAAAUGAUACAACCACCAGGGUCGGGGCUUUGGCCUUGGGAGGAAUGGUUACUGGAUUGAUUGCUGCAAGGAGAAGAGGGUUGUUCAAUAAGAUUUCAUCUUUGUUGAUUGGUUUGGGAGGUACGGGAAUGUUAUGCUAUCCGGAUCAAACUAAAAUUUUAGCGAAUGAUACCGGCAAAUUGGCUCUUAAAAAUGCCCGAAUUGCUUAUCACUUUGUUGUCGGAGCUCGUCCCGCCAUCCCAAAUGAAAACGGAAAACCUUUCGACCGAGUGGUAGGAAUGACUACUGAGAUUGGUAAAUGGGGUUUCAGCCUUUUCCAAAAAAUCAAUCCUAAGAAUGCGGAACAUGAAGCCAUCACCCCGCGAUCGGAGACUUCUGAAUCAGGUAAAGAAGGUCCUGCUGAAUCAGAAACCCCAAUCCGUGAAGAUGCAUUGGCAAGUGAUGUAAUUACUAAACCUAACCCUUCAGCCCAAACGAACGAGGACGUGAACACUUUUGCAAACGAACCAUCUACUUUGGAAUCACACCAAUCCCCUGCAAAAGACGACGAGCUUACUCAGUCUGAUACCUCCAAUUCAACCACUUCUCCAGAAAAUGCACCUAGUGAGCAAAAAGUUAUCAUUGAAGAUGAAGUUAGAGCACCAGAAGAUGACUGGUAGCCUUAAAAUUAAAGAAUCGAAGAAUGGAGAAGAACCUGCCCCUAUAGCAGCAGUGGCUUAUGAAGGCGAUUUAGGUCAAGGUACAUUGGAAGAUAAAGAAUUGUACACUACUCGCGAAUAAGCAGCUGCUAUGAUUUGCUAGAAAGUUUGUAAAAAACAAAAAAUCUUAGCUGGGAAUUGUUAAUAAAUUUGUUAAUCAUGGA